UAUACCUAAUAAUUUUAUAAAUUUACUUAAAAUAGAGGAAAAUGGUUCUCUCUAUGGACAGAUGGGUUGGCAAAGUAGCUGUUGUUACAGGAGCCAGUGCGGGAAUUGGAGCAGCUAUUGUGAAACAAUUAGCAGAAGCAGGUCUUCUGGUUGUGGGAGUGGCAAGACGAAAGGAAAAAGUAGAAGAGAUAGCAAAAUCGCUCGGUGAAGUAAAAGGUAAAAUUUACGCAUACAAAUGCGACAUUACGAACCAAACGGAACUACAAGAUGUUUUCAAAUGGACAACUAAAAAUGUUGGACCUGUUGCUGUGCUAGUCAAUAAUGCAGGAGUUCACAUAAGAACAAGUUUGGUCGAUGGGGAUAUAGAUGCAUGGAGAAAAACGGUUGAUACUAAUGUUCUAGCUUUGUGUAUCGCAACGAGAGAGGCCAUCAACAUUAUGAAAGAGAAUAACAUUGAUGGACAUAUUAUUAAUAUCAAUAGCGUUCUGGGACACAGUAUUUUUCCAUUUCCUAAACUAGAUGUAUAUCCAGCUACAAAAUACGGAGUAACUGCCAUAACAGAAACGCUAAGGAGAGAACUAAUGGAACUUAAAUCGAAAAUCAGAGUGACGAGUGUGAGCCCGGGUGCUGUUAAUACUGAAAUCUUUGAUAACGUAAGAGAUACUCAGUUUUUCAAGGAAAUGUUGUCGAAAACUAUGUUAAACGCUGAAGAUAUAGCAGAUGGAGUAUUAUAUGCACUAUCUACACCUCCUCAUGUACAGGUUCACGAGUUAAUGAUCAAACCUGUGGGGGAACAGUUUUAAAUUGAACAUUCUUUAAAUAUUUAAGUUCAUUUGCAUUCUUUUCACCAAUAGAUUAAUACUACUUAUUCCAUAAAUGUAUUGCUUAACGAGUUCCAAAUGUUAACUUAAUGUUAAAUUAAUUGUUAAAUAUAUAAUUGUUAAUUAUAUGUAUAUCGUUGAAUAAAUAAAC